CUAAAAAUUACGUAAUUGAAGCUAUACAUUUUCAUUUACUUAAGUCAAAUAAGCUUAUUUCAUUCUUCACCAUGCCAAAUCACUACGGGAGAAAACCUAGACAACCUGGUGGUUCCCAAAAAGUUAUUUUAGCUGUUGGUGGAUCAAGGCAUGGUCGAAAUCUUGAUACUACAGAAUGGUAUGACCCAAAAAUCAACCAAUGGCAGCCUGGGCCACAAACGAUUGCAUCACGUUUUAGUGGUGGUCUAGCUGUAGUAAAAGAUAACUUUGUGAUUUAUUUAGGAGGUGUGAAUCUUGGAUCAGCUCAUCAAUCUGUUUAUAUGCUAGAUUUAUCUUCAGAAUCACCUUAUUGGAAAUCAUCUGUUGACAUGUUAAUUAAAAGACGACAUUUAGGAGUUGGCGUGAUAAAUAACUAUAUAUAUGCUGUUGGCGGUUCUGAUAAUAAUAGUUGUUUGAGUAGUGCAGAAGUUUUUGACUGCAGAACUCAAGAAUGGAGUAUGAUAUCGAGUAUGAAUACUAGAAGAAGUAGUGCUGGGAUUGGAGUACUGUAUAAUCUUUUAUUUGUGGUAGGAGGUGUUGAUGGUUUGUCAAAGCGAAGAUUAAACUCUGUUGAAUGUUAUCAUCCCAGCCUUGAUAAAUGGACGCCAGUAUCCAGAAUGCGUGUACGUCGCAGUGGUUUGGGUGUUGGUGUUGUAAAUGAUGUAGUGUAUGCAGUAGGUGGUACUGAUGGAUUUAAAGUUCACAAAAGUGUUGAAGCAUACAGUCUAAGUACAGGAGUAUGGACUUCUAUUCCAGAUAUGCAUUUGUGUCGACAAUUUCCAGGAGUUGCUGUAUUAGAUGGAUUAUUGUAUGUCGUCGGUGGAGAUGAUGGAACUUCUACUUUUGAUUCUGUAGAAUUUUACAACCCUAGGAAUAAAAGUUGGACCAUGCUCACAACUUCUUGUAAUUAUGCAAGGACUGCAGCAGGAGUUGUAACAAUUGAUAGGCCACGAAAUUUUAAAACUUGUUAGUAUUCUUAGGCGCAACUAGGGUCAAUUUUUGAGGGGGGGGGGCUAGAAUUGUAUAAGCUACACAGAGCCACCCUCAUAACUGAUAAACCGGAUGGCUACUGACAAUACACAAAUAAAUUCAUAUUAUAUUUUUACAUUUAAAUUAAUUUAAUAUUCAAUAUUGAAUCAAUACUAAUUUUCUAUUAGCUACAGAAAAUUUGUCAAUAAUUCUUUUUGUUUCCAAACUAUUUGUUACAUCUCUCUCAAUAUUUAUUAUCGAUAAAUUUAAAAAUCUAUCUUAUUUCAUCGUGGUUUUCUGCCAAGUUUUUAAUUUCUUUAUUGAUGAACACGAACGUUCGCAGGUUGCCAAACUAACAGGUAUAUGAACGCUGCCUGUAGCAAACUACUUGUUUAAUAUCAUCGAUAUAAAAAUUCUUUUAAACUUUAAUCAUGCAUUCUUUGGCAACAAUCUUUCACACGGCCCCAUAUGGAACUGGUAUAGGCAUGUCCUAUCCAUUCUUAUAUUAUCUAUGCGUGGGCCCCGCUUGCCCUGCCCUAAGGACGACCCUGGGUUAACGCUAAUUGACUGAUAACAGAUGAUAACAGAUUUAAGGUACAGAAUAAAAAACCACGAAAAAAAACCCGAAAUGAUACCUAAUAUUAUCAAUAUUUUUGCGAUAUAUCUUUUUCCUUUAUUCUAUUACUGUUACUUA